UUGGCCCAACGCCUCAGACCAGCGUUUGAGCGCCAUGACGGAGGAGGCGAGGCGAAAGAAGGGGACCGGCGUAGGGCGGGUCCCGAGCCUCCGGCUCUCCGAGACCCACAGCGGGCCACCCGGGUCCCGCCGCGUCACCGCGGCCAGUAGGCUCCCCAUGGGCUCAGCGCCGUGCCGAGGUCAGCCGUUCUCUCGGGUCUCGGGACAGCUCAAAGCACUCCUUCACCACUAUUACCCAGUUGAGAUUGACCCACACUGGACCAUCAAAGAGAAUUUGCCCCACAUGGUGGAAUGGAAUGGGUACAAGAUGUUCUUCAACACCCUCUUCCAGAACAGCAUUCCGCUCUUCAUCUUCUCCACGGGCAUUGGAGAUACCGUGGAAGAAAUUAUCCAGCAGAUGAAAGUGUUUCACCCCAGCAUCCACAUUGUGGCUAACUGCAUGGAGCUUGAUGAAAACGGUUUCCUAGGGGUAUUCAAGGGCCAGCUCAUGCACACAUACAAGAACAGCCCUGUGUGCGAGAACUCCAGCUACUUCCAGCAGCUGCAGGGCAAAAGCAACAUCCUCCUGCUGGGAGACUCCAUGGAGGACUGCACUAUGGCUGACGGGUCUGAGAACAUUCUCAAGACUGGCUUCCUAAAUGACCAGGGCUCUUCAGGGCCGGCUUCUCCAUCAGUUCCUGUUAAUAGCUUAUUGAACGCCUUCUGUGUGCUGGACACUGUGUGAAGUAUUAGAAGUAGAGGUUAGACACAGCCAUAGUCUCAGAGGAAACACAAGAGAUACAGUGGCUA